UUCAAAGGCUGCUCCUAACGGGUCCGCGUGUGGACGGUUGCUGCGCCGCCCGCCCCAAGCAGUUGCCUAAAAAGGGAGGAGUUCCCAAUGGAUAAAGCCAAAAAAAAGCUGGGCGUCACUCCUUCCCACGCUGGGCAGGCAUGGGGAAGAAAACACAGCGGUUUAGACAGAGAUCAGCUCGGUCGGCUUUCACAAUCAGGAAAACACAGAGCUUCAAGCUAUGACAUAUCAGGUAUGGACCCAGAUGAUGAAUCCAUCACAGAUUUUACAAAAAAUGAGCUCUUAGUAUUCAAGACUAGCUUUGCAAGACCGAAAUAUGCUAACACUUACAGGAUGGAACCUUAUAGAAAAUGUGAGUCUCAUAUAGUAAGGAAGAGAACUGAAGAGAUUCUAAAGCAGAAACUUCAAGAUUUCAAAUAUAUUGGAAUCAAUGGUGCCCCCACUUGUACAGCUAUCUCAGAAGAUAUAUUAGCAGGUGUCAAGGAACUGGGGUUUGAUCGUUACAAGUAUAUAGUUCAGCUAUUUCUUGUGGAAAAGACUGGUCAGUCAAUACAUAUUGCCAGCAGAUGGGUCUGGGAUGUUGCAAGAGACACUUGGGUUCAAGCUCAAUAUGAAACUGAGAACUAUGUUAUGGUGGCUCUUGUAGUUGCUUCCUAUUUUGAGUAAUUAAUAAAUUAAUUAAUUUAUGGACAUUUAUAUAGCUGCCUACUCACUCAACAGUGACUCUAGAUGGCUUACAAACAGUAACAAAGAAACAUUGUAGCAACAUAUUGAGAUUUUCUUGUUCAAUUUGCUCAAAUAAAUGUAUUUGCUUUUUUUCAAUCA